AUGCCUAAGCAAAUUUGUAAAAUCCGUAUAAAUCGCCAGUUAGAGGUUCCUUCGGACACAGCCGUUAUCAAUAAUGAAAUUCGUCAAAUCGGCAUCAGGUGCCGGUGUCCCAAUCCGUUGUUCGAAACGUGGCUCCAAGAGAUGUUGUCGAAAGCAGAGGAGCGGAACUCGAUGAGCCGCAUACCUUUGCAGAAAGCACUAACAUCGCUCCGCCGAUAUCCACUUCCGAUUGCCUCUGCCCGGGAUUGCUUUAUGCUACUAGACUUUGGCAAGACUAUAUGUGAAUUACUUGAGAAAAGGUUAAAAGUUUACCGGCAGAACAACCAUAACGAAGAAUCAUUUGUUUCAAAACUUGAUCGGGAGGCGGAACAAAUUUUGAAUGACGAAAGUCAACCUUAUUAUCACAAACUAAUUGGUCAAGAACUAACGUUUGCUAGUGAACGUGAAGAGCCAGUACAAAAGGAUGAAUUUGAAAUGCCAAAUGAUUCCAUCUUCGAUAGUUUAGAUGUUUGUGAAAGCGAAAAUGUGAUAAUAUCUAAUCCUGAAGUAGUUUUGCUGGUGGAUACUCAAGAAAUGAUUGGAAAAUCGAAGAGCUAUCUAGAUCGAACGCUAAAGGAGCUGGAACAGUACCAUGUGCAACAUGAAGUUAGACGAUUAAGCGUGGGUGACUUUUUGUGGAUUAUGCGUGAUAAUAAUGGCCGAGAGUUCAUUCUUCCAUAUAUUGUGGAAAGGAAGAGAAUCGAUGAUCUGGCUAGCAGUCUGAAAGACGGUCGCUUUCACGAGCAGAAAUUUCGGUUGAAGCAGUGCAGAUUGGCCAAUGUUAUCUAUUUAGUAGAGCAUUUAGGUAACAAUCGUCAGGUUGGAGUUCCAGCUAGUACCCUCUCGCAGGCUGCUCUAAACACAUUGGUGCAGGGGUUUAUUGUAAAAUAUACAGAGAAUCAUCACCACACAAUACAGUAUUUGUCGAUUAUGACGAAGCUUCUUGAAAAAAAUAUUAAGGAUAAGACUUUCUGGAACAUCUCUAAAUUACCCGAUGACUCGGCAGCCACUUUCGACCUUAAGCAGAAACGUGUCCCAUUACUUUCAUUCGAAACCUUCAACAUGCAAUCGUCUAAAACUCGUGACUGCACAGUUCGAGAAAUAUUUAUGAAACAAUUACUGCAGAUUAAGUUGCUUACGAUUGAGAAAGUAAAUGCCAUUGUCGAUCGCUAUCCUACGGCCAAAAAGCUUUAUCUAGCCUACGAAAAAUGUACCAGCGAACAAGAGAAAGAACGACUGCUGAACCUGCCAUAUGGACCCACAAAGCGAACCAUCGGACUGAAGCUGAGUACAAUAAUUUAUCAGUUGUUUAUAAGUGAUAUUUAUCAACGAUAAGAACCCUCAUCACAACUUGAAGUACAACACGGCAAAGAUUACGCAAAUCGGGAACUAUAAUCAAGGACUCAUAAAUGAUAACACGGUUUUCCACUUAUGCCAUUUUCUGUGAUCUGCUUUAUCUUAUAUGGGUAUGUGUAUACAUUAGGCAAACGAAUCGUGAACGUGAUACCUGGUGGUAUACACACUUUUGGUGUCCAUCAAGUAGAGUAAAAAAAUAAAAUGCAUUCUC